AUGCCCAAAAGAUCGACUGGUUGUUUUGAAUGCAGAAAAAGAAAAGUCCGUUGCGAUGAAUCCAAGCCCGAAUGUAACACCUGCUUGAAGCGCGGGACAAAAUGCCCAGGCUACCGGCCCACGCAGGCCUUCAUCCUUCAUGAAUUCGACACCAAAAGAGACAAGCCCGCACUGAUCAAGGAGGAUGAGAACCGCUACAAAUUCGCCAUUCAGAGUUACUCUCGCUCAAAGCAGAAGGGACAAUCGCAGAGCAACCCUGGAAUCCGGAUAGAAAGUGUGCAGUAUGAACCUGAUAUUCCCAAGCAAGUAAGUCUAGUUGCUUCGGAACGCAUCCAACACGUCAGCACCUUCGUCGCACUAUAUCUUCCAAAAACCGAAGGUCAGGCACUGCCAGGCCCAUCUGCACUGAUGCUUGGUCUGCCUAACCUGCCCGCUAACAGCCCUGUUCUCGAGGCUGCCAUUGAUGCGCUAGCUGCAGCUCAGCUGGCAGUAGACAAAAUGAACUCCCCUCUUAUUCAUCGCUCCAGGUCACUCUACAGCACAGCACUGAGCCAGAUGCUGCACGCUAUUCAGGACCAAGAGACGGCUCUCAAGGAUGAGACGCUUCUGUCUACAUAUUUGCUCUCGUUGUAUGAGGUGUUUGUCGGCAUAACACGGGGUCAUGGCUUCUUCUACCACACGCAAGGUCUAUUGCAUCUCGUCAAGCAGCGAGGACCAUCUUCAUUCGUAAGCAGAUUGAGCAUGCAAAUCUACCACGGAAUCCGAUACAACUCGUUAAGCAUUGGCAUCCUAAUGCGGAAAGCCUCCAUGCUCGAUACCCCCGAAUGGAUGUCAGUAACCGCCAAAGCCGCCAAAGUCGAUCCCUACGUGGCCCUCAUCGACAUCUGCAUCAUGAUCCCGCGGCUUCUCGAACGCACCGACAAACUCUCGCGACCAGACUGCACCCAAGAAGAAAUCGAUAGCCUAAUCGACGACUCGCAAAAGGUUGCCAGCGAUGCUUUCGCCUGGAUCGCCGACUAUGAGCGUCAUGGACCCCGCUACAACAAGGUUGACCUCGAAUCAAUGGAAGGCUUCAUGGACAUCUGCGACGACCGCGUCUUCGACCCGGUCUUCGACUUCCAUUACUUCGGCGCGGGAAUCUGCUACUUAAUCUACUGGUCCAGCUUGCUCAUCAUACAAAGCAACACGUUCAAGCUCCUCCGCCAAUACCGCAAACUAGAACCCAAGCAGCUCCUCAUGUGGAGCCGUCAACUUCAGUCUUACGCCGACUCCAUAUGCAGAGGCGUGCCGUUUAACUACCGCGUCAACACUGGGUACGCGUCGAAGUUCGGGUCCCUGACUCCGCUUAUGGUUGCGAGAAAGUACUACGAGAUGGUGGGUGAGAAGGCGGCUGUGGCAUGGUGUACGAAGGUGUAUAAGCGAGGGAAGGUGCCCGAGUUGUAUCAGGCAGACGAGAAUCUGGAUAACUAUCCCCUAGAGGAUGUCAAGAAGACUAUCAAAGAUGACCCAAGAUACAUCUGA